AAUAAUAAAUAUAUAUAAAUAAAAUGGAACCUAUUUCUACUACUUAUAAAAAAGUAUGGUAUGUAACCGGCACUUCAACAGGCAUUGGUCUUUCUCUUGUAAAGAAAUUAUUAGCUUCAGGUAAACAAGUUGUUGCUGUUACUAGAACCCCAGAAAAAGUAGAUGCUGAAAUUCCAUUAGAACAAAAAGCUGAUGUUUUAAUUGUCAAGGCUGAUAUCUGUAAAGAAGCCAGUGUCAUUGAAAGUAUUGAAAAGGGUAUUGCUCAUUUUGGUAAAAUUGAUGUUGUUGUUAAUAAUGCUGGUUUUGGUAUUGUUGGUGCAGUUGAAGAGCUCUCAGAAGAAGAAAUAAGAAAAGCAUUCGAUGUUAAUUUCUUUGCUGCUUUCAGUAUUUGUAAAAAUAUUAUCCCACAUUUCAAACAACAAAAAUCAGGUUUUAUUUUUAAUGUCUCCUCAAUUUGUGGUUGGGGCUCACUAUCAGAAUUUUCUGCAUAUACAGCCACUAAACAUGCUCUUAAUGCUUUAACUUUCGCCUUAGAACAAGAAUUAGCUCCAUUAGGUAUCAAAGUUGUUUUAUUAUCACCAUCAGGUUUCAAAACUCCUUUUGUCGAUAACAAUAUGCAACAUGCCAAAGUUCAACUUUCAGAAUACAAUUCUAAAGAACGUACCAAAUGGGCCGAUGAUAUUGUCAAUAAUGGUCGUGGUGAUCCAGAUAAAUUAAAUGACAUUGUUAUUCAAGUUGCUGAAAUGGAAAAUCCACCAAAGAAUGUUUUCUUUGGUACCCAUGCUAUCCAAUAUGUAAAGAGUGAAUGGAAGAUUCAAAGAGAAGAAAUGGAUAAAAAUGUUCCAAUUACCAUUUCUACUGAUUACCCAGAUGCUCCAAAAAUUGAUUGGGAAUAAAUUAAUUUAUAAAAAAAAAAAAAAAAUUAUAAUUAAAAAAUAUAAUUAAAAAAAAUUUUAAAUUAAUAAAUGUACAUUUAUUUAAUU